UUUACGGAAGAGAGGAAGCAAGCGUGGUGGAGAUGUUGACUAUUGCCGGCUCCGCGAUUCAAAGACUAGAUCAGUUUUUACACAAACAGCAUGUGCUAUUUAGUGCAAUCUGUGUCCUGUCACUUGUCGGACAGUGCAUGGGCAUUGGAGAAGUUAUUUGGGCCGUCAACUGCGGCGGUAGCAGCCACACUGACGUCCAAGGCAUUCGUUACCAGGCAGAUCCACUGAAAAUCGGCCAGGCUUCUGAUUAUGGCAAAAGUCUUCUGAUCCAACGAGUGGUACCACAGGACCAAAUAUUGUAUCAGACUGAACGCUAUCACAUGUCCACGUUUGGCUACGAUGUUCCACUUUCAAAAGACGGAGACUAUAGUAUUGUUUUGAAGUUUUCCGAAGUGUGGUUUACGGCGCCCAACAGGAAGGUUUUUGAUGUUGUUUUAAAUGGCGAGCACACCAUCGUGAGCGAGCUGGACAUAUACAGUCGAGUGGGCCGAGGCGUUGCACAUGAUGAGAUCGUUCCAUUCUCUGUCAAAGGGGGCAAACUACGUGUUAACGGGGAGACGUCGCAGAUUGAUGGAAAGUUAACAGUUGAGUUUAUCAAGGGAGAUUAUGACAACCCCAAAGUGAAUGCUAUCUAUGUGAUGAAAGGAACUUUAGAUGAUGUACCAAAGUUACCUGCCCUUCCUGGUGACUCUUCAAGGGAAGAGGUGGAGGAGGAAGAAGAGGAGGAAGUGGUGCCAGGAAAAACCCCAAAGUCUCGUCGCCCUUCAGGACCAAAAGUCAAAGACCCGUAUGCAGCAGACGACACUAGUACCAUGUUAUUACCUGUCUUUGUCGCGAUAGGAGCCUUCAUUCCACUGCUAUUUUGUUUAUGUAAAUUGUAGAAAUAAAUGUUGAUUUAUUUUGGAGAUCAA